AUGCUGAUAGUAUCAUUCUUGGCUCUGUUUUGUUCAUUAGUGUCGCAAACGGUUUACUGCGAUGUGGCCAUUGUGGCACCGGGACCUAAUUCUGUGUACGAUUUAUCCGGCUCAGGCCAGGCCACCGUUAACGUAAAAUGGAUGCAUACAGAUACUACUCCACAGGAGAAGGAUUUUAUCAAGUAUACGUUCACUCUAUGUUCAGGCACCAAUGCGUUGAUCGAAGCAAUGGCUACGUUGCAAACGCUCACGGCAGCCGAGUUGGCAAGCGAUGAGUACAGUGCAGUCAUUGAAAACACUGUCGGGACUGACGGUGUCUAUUUUAUUCAGGUCUUCUCACAAACGGCAAUUGGUUACACCAUUCAUUACACCAAUAGGUUUAGACUGAAGGGGAUGAAAGGUUCUAAAAUGGCUAAUCCGAGUAUGGUAACCAUAGCACCAGUGCCGCAAACAAGAAUCACUACGGGGGACCUGGGUGCCACCAUCGACUCCAAAAGUUUUACCGUCCCUUACAACUUGCAAACUGGUGUCGUGAAAUACGCGCCCAUGCAACUACAACCAGCUACAAAAGUGACGGCAAAGACAUGGAAAAGAAAGUACGCAACCAGUGAGGUGACGUAUUACUACACUCUAAGAAACUCUAUUGAUCAGCAUACCACCGUGACUCCAGGGUGGUCCUACGUACUGACGGCCGAUAGCAACUAUGCCACGCCGGCCCCUAUGCCGGCUGAUAAUGGUGGUUGGUAUAAUCCCCGUAAGCGACUUUCGUUAACCGCAAGGAAGGUUAAUGGCUUACGGAAAAGGCUAUGA